AUGACCCUUAGGAGUGGCAAGGAGGUUGAAGGCCCGAAUCCAAAACUGAUUAUUCCAAAGGAAAAGAACGAGAACCAGAUUGAGCAAGAAAUUGAGAAAGAAGGCAAAAGCAGUAUAGAUGGUAAGUUAGAGAAGCCGAAAAAGUUGGACAAAGAAAAGGAAAUUUUAGAAGUGUUUCGCAAAGUGGAGAUCAAUAUUCCUCUAUUGGACGCGAUCAGACAAGUGCCCAAGUAUGCUAAGUUUUUGAAGGACUUGUGCGUCAACAAGAGGAAGUUGCAAGGAGAUGAAAAGAUAGUGGUGGGAGAAAACGUAUUAUCCUUGUUCCAAAAGAAGUUUCCACCCAAGUGUGGGGAUCUAGGCAUGUUUACUAUCCCUUGUAAAAUAGGAAAUACUAGACUUAGAAAUGCAAUGCUAGAUUUAGGAGUUUCGAUCAAUGUGAUGCCUAAGACUGUAUAUGCUUCUCUAAAUUUAGGACCGUUGAAGCAAACUGAGAUAAUCAUUCAGUUAGCUGACCGUUCUAAUACAUAUCCUGACGGGUUAAUGGAAGAUGUCUUAGUUCAAGUUAAUGAGCUAGUAUUUUCUACUGGUUUUUAUGUUCUUGACAUGGAUGACGAGAAUUCUAUGAAUCCAUCCCCUAUAAUAUUAGGAAGGUCAUUUCUAAGUACUAUCUGGACCAAAAUAGAUGUUAAUGAGGGGACUCUUACCAUGGAAUUUGAUGUAAAGAUCGUCCAUUCCAAUAUUUUUAAAGCCAUGAGAUAUCCCACUGAAACUGAUUUUGUGUGUUCUAUUAGUGUUAUUAACCCUGAGUUGCAGGAGGUUUUUCAACUUAAUGUUGAAGAUGAACUACAAGUGGCCUUGACCAAUUCACUCAAGUUGAACACAAAUUGUGGGAUGGAAUUAAGUGCCAAUCUUAAACACAUGGUUGAAGCACUACAGACUUUGGAGCUUCACACCAAGAGGUAUGAAUUUGCCCCAAUUUUUAUGCAUGAGUCUCAUGCGAAAUUGUUACUUUUUGUUAUGCAGGCACCUAAAGUGGAGUUUAAGCCUCUACCGAACCAUUUGAAGUAUGUGUAA